CACCCUUGGCGUCGCUUGCUGGGGACUGAGUUACCCGCGCUGCGCCCGCCUCCCCGGUUGGAGAGUUGUCCCUCUCUCUCACGUUUGGGCCCCGUUUUUCUGGUCUCCGAGCUACGUCCUCCCGGAGUGGGGACAAUCGGGCAAAGGGAGCGAUGCGCUUCGCCUGGACCGCGCUCGUGCUCGGGCCGCUGCAGCUCUGCGCGCUCCUGCGCUGCGCCCAGCCGGCCGCCGGCCAGCAACAGCCCCCUCGCCAGCCGCCGGCGGCCCCGGCCGCCUGGCGCCAGCGGAUCCAAUGGGAGAACAACGGGCAGGUGUUCAGCCUGCUGAGCCUGGGCUCGCAGUACCAGCCGCAGCGCCGAAGGGACCCGGGCGCCACCGCCCCGGGCGCUGCCAACGCCGCCGUCCCGCAGCCGCGCACGCCCAUCCUGCUGCUUCGCAACCGCACGGCGGCAGCACGGGAGCGGACCCCGGGCUCGUCGGGGGCCACCGGCCGACCCCGACCCGCCGCUCGCCACUGGUUCCAAGCCGGGUACUCGCCGUCCGGGGCCCGCGACGCUGGGGACUCGCGCGACGGCAAUGGGACGGAGCCAGGAGAGCGCCCGGCGCUCAGUAACCUGCGGCCGCCUAGCCGCGUAGACGGCAUGGUGGGCGACGACCCCUACAACCCCUACAAGUACACCGACGACAACCCUUAUUACAACUACUACGACACGUACGAAAGGCCCCGACCUGGGAGCAGGUACCGGCCCGGAUACGGUACCGGCUACUUCCAGUACGGUCUCCCGGACCUGGUGCCAGACCCAUACUACAUCCAGGCUUCCACGUACGUGCAGAAGAUGUCCAUGUACAACCUGAGAUGCGCCGCGGAGGAAAACUGCUUGGCCAGCUCAGCAUACCGGGCAGAUGUCAGAGAUUAUGAUCACAGGGUGUUGCUGCGAUUCCCCCAAAGAGUGAAAAACCAAGGGACAUCAGAUUUCUUACCAAGCAGACCAAGAUACUCCUGGGAGUGGCACAGCUGUCACCAACAUUACCACAGCAUGGAUGAAUUCAGCCACUAUGACCUACUCGAUGCCAGUACCCAGAGGAGGGUGGCUGAAGGCCACAAAGCGAGUUUCUGUCUUGAGGACACCUCCUGUGACUAUGGCUACCACAGGCGAUUUGCAUGUACUGCCCACACACAGGGGUUGAGUCCUGGCUGCUAUGAUACCUAUAACGCAGACAUAGACUGCCAGUGGAUUGAUAUUACAGAUGUAAAGCCUGGAAACUACAUUCUAAAGGUCAGCGUGAACCCCAGCUACCUGGUGCCGGAAUCAGACUAUUCUAACAAUGUCGUGCGCUGUGAAAUCCGCUACACGGGACACCAUGCGUAUGCCUCGGGCUGCACAAUUUCACCGUGA